AUGUCUUUUAAAAAUUCUUUAUAAAUGUCGUUUUUGAAUUACUCAACAGCACCUUAUUUCUCAAGACCUGAUAAAAUAUUUAAAGCAACAAAACAUUAAGUCAAGGCAUGCUUAAUCCAUCCCAUAGAAAGCACAGCAUCUUAAUAUUUAGUUUCAUCUAUGCAAGACUCCCACCAAUCUUUAACGUCUUCAUCUUUGCAUUCAUUUUUGAAAUAUUUUGUUAGAUCUUCAACUACUUCAAAAGCUUUCAUACCUUUAAUAAUAUUUGUUACUAUUCUCACAUAUACAUAUGCUGCUUCAAGUGCUGGCUUAGCGAUAUGGGUUAAAGUUUAUUCUGCAUAAACAAAUUUACGAAUUACUUAUUAAUCUGUUUAUUUAGACAAAUAUACACACAGAGGAGAGAUCCUCAUCACACCUCCAUUACUUUGA